AUGGGACUCCCAAUAAAAGUUCCCGUUUUAGAAAAUCCCAAUGGCGAUUUUAACGGCCGAAUGAGACGCGGUUCGCACGAUAUGCAGGUAAACGUGGCGGGCAUCCGGCGAAACAUCAAAAAUUUCGCCCACAAUUACUCCGAUGCCCAGAAGAAGGUCAGAGAGGCGACUUCGAACGAUCCGUGGGGCCCGAGCAGCACCAUAAUGGCCGAAAUAGCCGAUCUAACGUACAACGUAGUCGCGUUCAGCGAAAUUAUGCAAAUGGUUUGGAAGAGGUUGAACGAUCACGGUAGGAACUGGCGUCACGUCUAUAAAGCUUUAGUCCUGUUAGAAUAUCUAAUUAAGACCGGAUCGGAAAAAGUGGGUCAGCAGUGCAAAGAGAAUAUAUUCGCUAUUCAAACGUUGAAGGAUUUCCAGUAUUUAGAAGAAGGCAAAGAUCAAGGGCAAAACGUUAGAGAAAAGGCGAAGCAGUUGGUGAAUUUACUAAAAGACGAUGAAAGACUGAAAAACGAACGAGCUAGAGCUUUGAAAGCUAAGGAACGGUUCGCGCAAAGCGCCAGCGGUUUCGGCAGCGACGGCGGUUUAGAUACGCCCAGUAGCCCUAAAUAUCCCGCCCUUAGAGGCGAUUGGAGCUCCAGAGACACUGUCGAUGUUGCCAGAGAUAUAGAAGUGGCGCGUCCUCAAACAGCCGGAGAAGAAGAGCUUCAAUUGCAGCUUGCAUUGGCGAUGUCGAGAGAGGAAGCUGAACAGGAAGAACAGAAACGAAAAUCGGACGAUGUGCGUCUCCAAUUGGCGUUGAGUCAGAGUCAGCAGGAUUUCAAGUCGUCCCAGGACAAGAGAAGACACGAAGACAGCCAUUUGGUGGACUUGCUAGAUAUCAAUUUGGGAAAUGAAAAUGCGUCUGUCGAUCCUUGGGGCAUGCCACAAGUACCUAGACCACAGUCGUUGGAUUUGAGUUUUUUCGGUGUUUAUCCACAGGUGCAAUCAUCACCUUGGCACCCAUCGUCCCUUUCAUCGCCGCCUGAUGUGCCCUUAGCCAAUGCUUGGAGGCCCUCUUCGGCUGCAGCCCAAAGCGCGGAUCCUUGGGGAGUACCAGUUACAUCGAACGAUGGUACUUCUUCUCCGGCUCCAGUUCCGCCCAAGCACGAUCCGUGGUCGCCGACCAGCCAGAGUUCCACCGAUUUGGACGAGUUCGAUGUGAUUUCCAAUAGAAAUAAAGUACAAUCUUCUCCUAAGGCGAAUGGCGGAGGAGGCGGCGACCCGUUCGAAUUGGCCUUACUGAACGAUUCAUUGCCCAUGAACGCGACAGACAGCGAAGGUAACACAUCGACGGGCGCCACGAAGAAGACGCCGCUCAGUUUCUUAGGCGAAAACUCCGCUUUGGUUAAUUUAGAUAAUCUAGUAACGAGCAAACCCGCGAAUCCCUCGCUGGCGCCCAAUCCGUUUUCGGAGCCGCCGGCGAACAAUCCACCGAGGGCGGUGUUUAGCGCGCCGCCGCCGAAGCCGUCCAUUAACGAAAUAAAACAGCAGCAAUUCGCCUCGUUCAAUAUCACGGCGUCGGCGACGUCGACCGGUUACGUUCCAUCGCAAACCGCUGGAUUCGGGCAGUUUCCGGCCCUGCCGCCGAUAGGCCCUAAUAGCGCCUUCGGCGCCUCCGCCGUAACUCAGGAUCCUUGGGCGCCCGUGGCAACUACAAACGGUACUACGAAUUCGCCCUGGACGAAAAGCAACGAACCCGCAAAUCCCUUUUUGUCCUAACAGGAUCUUGUUCGUUUUUAUAUCGCAUCGAAUAG